AUGUCCGAAAACGAGGAGUAUGAAUACCGCCCAUGGAGCGACUCCACCCGCUCUCCCUCACCACCAGCUGCCACCAACAGCACCGACUCCGGGCUAUUGGAGUACGCGGAGCGCAUCGCGUCGCCGCCGUGCGACCCGGCCGGGACACCGCCGCCCCCACCUCUUGUCCGCGACGGAGAUGCCGACUCCCAAUCCACAAUCCCAGUCGACCCGUCGUACGAAUGCGAGGUGAGCAGUGGAUCAAACGGACCACCAAGGCAGGAGGAGGAGCCGCCAGCUCGAGAUGUUGAGCCCGACACGAGGGGACUGACUACAGCGAGGCUGGCGCGGUUAAACGUCGCAGGAUCCCCAGCAGUCGGGUACGGCACGUCCUACUAUUUAAUGACCGCUUGGCUGGAGAGCGUAAUGACGCCGGCGUUCGCUGAGGGGUUUGAGGAGAGAUGCGUCCAGGAGAGUCAGACCUGGGUACCACACCCGGCACCGUCAACAGACGACUCGUCAGUCGGAGGGGAUGGCCGCUUCGCGACUGGAGGCCCACCCGUGCCCCGCCAGUGCUCACUAGCGGAGGCCAACGACGCUUGGGCCGAUUACGCAGCACGGCCACGCACCCCCCCCCCCGCCUCGACCGCCUCACGGGAAGCCGAUGCCACCGGGGACUCGUUUAUGGGUACCUCGGUGAGUGGAUCCCUGAGCGACGACGCCGACGCGGAGGCCGUGGCUGCCGAGUCGCCCCAGAGGGACGAAGGCGAGGAAGGGACGGAUCCCACACCGGGCUGCCCGACGACGCGGGACACGCAGCAAGCAGAAGCCGAAGCCAGGACCCCGAGUCCCCAGACGACCGCAGCACAAAGCGAGCCACUUCCAGCUACACCGGGAAGGGGAAUCCCCGAGGUUGGAAGCUCGGGUGCUCAAGACCGGCACCCCGAGCGGGAGGACAGGCAAGCAACGCCACUGCCCGCCUCCCCUGAGAGCCCUCGGACACCGAGUCCUAGAGAAGCCACCGUGGACGGACUAAUCCCACUCACUCCAGGGAGCAGCAUCCCGAGGGUAGAGAUGAUCAGCUGGCUCGAUCUCCACCCGACGGGACCGGAACUGGGUAGAGACAGAGGUGCCUGCGACCCCAUAGCGAGGCCCGACGACACGGAGGACGCCGACAUUAUUGACCUGGGUCUCUUCCCGGCCGGACCAGAGGAAGACGCACUCCUGCAGGCGCUACGGGAGCACCCGGGGGUGGAGCAAAUCCUCGACGAGGAUGAUUGGGUCAUCGCACCGGCAGCGUGGAGGGUGGACACGAACGGGCGCCGUCUCCCCCGCGCCAUCGUGGAGUACGUGGAGACCCACGACCGCACGAACGUCCGUUUCCUGCGGCACCACCGGGAACACCGAUUCCGCAUCACGAUCACGGCCCGACGCGGCAUCGCCAUCUCGCUUCGCCACCCCGACGAACAAGCAUCGAAGCCAGAGGAAACCACGCAUAAGGACACGCAGGACACCAAGGACCCGCAGGACACCAAGGACCCGCAGGACAUCAAGGAUCAGGACGAAGGACCCUAG